AGCCGACCUUUUGGCGUCGCAUUAUUGAUUGCCGGCGUCGAUGAGAAGGGUCCUCAACUAUACCAUGCCGAUCCUUCUGGUACUUUUAUGCAAUAUGAUGCUAAAGCUAUUGGUUCCGGAUCUGAAGGUGCUCAGACAGAAUUGCAAGAAGAAUAUGAUAAAUCUAUAAGUUUGGUAAAUGCUGAAACACUAUCUCUUAAAGUUCUUAAACAGGUUAUGGAAGAAAAAUUGAACAAUACAAAU